AUGAUUAAGUGUACUCAAUCACGCCGCCAAGUUGGCUUCUAGAUUUUCUGCCUGGUUGCCCUGUUUGCCAUAGCCUCGGCGCGUCCCCAGUUCGGAUUCGGUGGAUUUGGAGGCGGGUUCGAGCAGCAACAGCAGCAGGCCGGGUUUGGACAAGGUUUCGGUGGUUUCGGCGGCUUUGGACAGCAGCAGCAGCAGGAAGGUUUUGGCGGAAAUGGAAACUUUGGUCAGCAGCAACAAGAAUUUGGUGGUUACGGCGGUUUUUACGGUUGAAUUUGAAAGAACUGAACAUUAUUGUAAAAUCUAAGCUCAUUAAAAAACGUAAUGAAAAGUUA